UUGUGUCCCUGUCUUCAUUUACCCUGGCGCAAGCAAGCGAACCAGCGCGAGCGCCUAGCGAGGGAGCCUAGUCUCGGGUGUACCGCGGCCCCGCCCCCGCAGCUCCACAGCGCUCCUUAGUGGCGGCCGCCUGCGCAUCACCGGCGGCUCUCAGUGCUCGCCGGUGCCAGCAGUUCCCGCGGUUCCUCCCUCUCGAGUGUGACCCUCGAGCUGCUGGCGCUGCGGGACGUGCUGGCAUCGCCAGCUUUGCCAGCAUCGUGUCUCUGCGGUCCCCUCUCCCUCCAGCGCCCCCCCUCCUUCUGCGCGGCCGCACAUCCACUCCCUCCUUGCUCCCUCCUCUCCAGGCUGACUCGCACCGGAGACUGCAGACUUGCACGCCCAGUCGUUUAAGUGGGAACGGCUCCAGCCCCACCAGCUGCAGCCAAGGCGAGAACUUCACAAGCAGCGCAGGUUGAGUCGCUGAGGCAGGAGUUGCACCGCCAGCGAGAAGGUCCCGAGCAGCAUGGCCCAGAGAAGAGCCUUCUCUGCUUUCGCGCUCCGGCUCUGGAGUAUCCUACCUUGCCUGCUCCUGCUGGGAGCGGAUGCAGGGCAGCCACCGGAGGAGAGCUUGUACCUGUGGAUUGACGCCCAUCAGGCCAGAGUGCUCAUAGGAUUUGAAGAAGAUAUUCUGAUUGUCUCGGAGGGGAAAAUGGCCCCCUUUACACAUGAUUUCAGGAAAGCCCAACAAAGAAUGCCAGCCGUUCCUGUCAAUAUCCACUCUAUGAAUUUUACCUGGCAAGCUGCAGGGCAGGCAGAAUACUUCUAUGAGUUCCUGUCUCUGCGCUCCCUGGAUAAAGGCAUCAUGGCAGAUCCAACUGUUAAUGUCCCUCUGCUGGGAACAGUGCCUCACAAGGCAUCAGUUGUUCAAGUUGGUUUCCCGUGUCUCGGCAAACAGGAUGGGGUGGCAGCAUUUGAAGUGAAUGUGAUUGUCAUGAAUUCUGAAGGCAACACCAUCCUUCGGACUCCUCAAAAUGCUAUCUUCUUUAAAACAUGUCAACAAGCGGAGUGCCCCGGAGGGUGUCGAAAUGGAGGCUUUUGUAACGAAAGGCGGGUCUGCGAGUGUCCAGAUGGGUUCUAUGGGCCUCACUGUGAGAAAGCCCUCUGCAUACCUCGAUGUAUGAAUGGCGGUCUGUGUGUCACUCCUGGCUUCUGCAUCUGCCCCCCUGGAUUCUAUGGUGUCAACUGUGACAAAGCAAACUGCUCAACCACCUGCUUUAAUGGAGGGACCUGCUUUUACCCGGGAAAAUGUAUUUGCCCUCCAGGACUGGAGGGAGAGCAGUGCGAACUCAGCAAAUGCCCCCAACCCUGCCGAAACGGAGGUAAAUGCAUUGGUAAAAGCAAGUGUAAGUGUCCGAAAGGUUAUCAAGGAGACCUGUGCUCUAAGCCUGUCUGCGAGCCUGGUUGCGGUGCCCAUGGAACCUGCCACGAACCCAACAAGUGCCAGUGUCGAGAGGGCUGGCACGGGAGGCACUGCAAUAAGAGGUAUGGAGCCAACCUCAUGCAUGCCCCGAGGCCAGCAGGCGCCGGGCUGGAGCGGCACACGCCUUCACUUAAAAAGGCAGAGGAGCGGAGGGAUCCACCUGAAUCCAAUUACAUCUGGUGAACUCCGCCAUCUGAAACGGUUCAAGUUACACCGGGUUCACAGCCUUUGUUAACCUUUCAUGUGUUGGAUGUUUAAAUGAUGUUCAUUACACUUUAGAACGCCAGCCUGAAUUUUAUUAGCUUCGUUAUAAAUCACUGGGCUGAUAUUUACUCUUCCUUUUAGGUUUUCUAAGCGUGUCUAGCAUGAUGGUAUAGAUUUCCUUCCUUCAGUCCUUUUGGGACAGAUCUUAUAUUAUGUCAGUUCAUCAGGUUAAAAAUCUGUCUUUUCAGUGUGUGGUUGACAGAUACUUACAAAAUCACAAGGCAUUUGUGGUCUUAGGAUGGGGAGCAUUAGAGAGGUUAAACUGGGCAAAGAUACAUAAAUCACAAGGUUUCGAAUAAAGCAGAUGACAGUGUUAAAGCUACAGUAUUUUGAAUUUUAUUGUCAAAUAUUUGGAUGUUUGUCUAAUUAAUAUUUCAAUUGCCCCCUGUCUUGAAUUCUUACAAUCUAUUUCGCCCUUGCUGUUACUCUAGACAGUUCAGUUUUAAGUGUGUGUGGGGGGAACAAAGUUAAAAAAAAAUUACACUGUGUGAGUGGCAUUUAAACAACAUAAUAUAUUGUAAACACGAUGAGAUAAGGAAUAUAAUGUAUGAAGCCUUUGCAUUGGAUGGAAGCAAUAUAAUAUAUUGUAAACAAGACACAUCUCUUACAUAGUAAACAUUUUCUACUGUUUGUAUGUAUGAAAUAAAGGUCAUGCUUUCACUUUCUGAG